AUGCACUUGACAGCCAUUUGUGGGCGGGGUGCGCGCGAAGCAAAACAAACAGAACUACCAACUUUAUACCUGGAAUCUACUCAAAUCAAUAAUUUUGAAAAGACUUGGUUGAGUACACAAGUUGACACGACAACAGAGUUUUACAAAGUGGCGGAUACUGGCUCUAAAACCAGUGCUGAUGAACGUUAUGCGAAGCCCUAUUGCCAAUGUUGGAAUAAAAAAGCACCCGUUCUUUGGACGCAGUUGAGUUCAUGUACCUGCGGUGAAGAUAAUGACGUAUGUGAAUGGGGAUGGGCGCAACCUGAUAGUGCUGGAUCAAGUUGGGUUGUGGUCAGUGAGAAUAAAAAGCAAGUCACAUUCCAUCCGUUCUACAGUUCAGGAACAGCUGCUGCAAAGGGAGACACGCCAUUGCUACACAAUUAUCAUUAUUAUUGGGAAGUUAAGAUAUUGACUGAGACCUAUGGAACUGAUAUUAUGGUGGGCCUUGGAACUGACAAAGUGAACGUAGUGGAUUCCCAGUUUAUUUUCACAUCACUAUUGGGCAAAGAUGCAGAAUCAUAUGGCUUGUCUUACACUGGUGCAGUGCGGCAUAACGCAAUUAUUGCAAGGGACACGGCUGGGUUCUGUCGGGGGAGUAUUGUCGGUGUCAGAGUUGAUAUGUGGAGAGGUACUUUGGAGUUCUACAUAAAUAGAAAGCCACAAGGCAUAGCCUUCUACAAUCUCCGCAGACACGAAGCGCUAUAUCCAAUGGUAUGUUCCACCGCGGCCCAAUCUUCUAUGCGACUGAUAUACGCCGCCUCCUGGCGCGCCUCGCUGCUGGUGGACGCUGCCAAGAUAUUAGCAAGUUCAUUGAAUAGUGAUAAGAAAUCGAUAAUACCCCCAGGGCUUCGGUACACAUUCAGAUCGCAGUUUUGGCUAACUUUGCCUUCAGAUGGAGAGGAUAUAGAAGAAGAGUGUAUAAGUGAAGAAUCGACCGAAACUGAAGCGAAAAUAAAUACUAAUGUGCUGAAUGAUAUGCUGCCAAGUCCUUACAUGAACGGCUUCUAUGUUGAUAACGUCGAAAGAGACUACAGAGUUGUUGUUUGGGAA